UUAACUUACUUGAGGCGUCCAAUACAACCUCGGGAGUUUUCAGUUGAAGAAUUUGCAUCAGAAAGUUACAUCUAACUAAAUGACUGAACCAACGAGUGUUCACCCUGAGGGUAAAGGCAAUACCCCUGCUUCUCUCUCACAAAAACAAAUGUUUGAAAAGAUGGAGGAGACCUACAGGGUAUGUGCUGCCUGUGACAGCAAACCAUCUCAGUUAUCAGAUCCCAAGGCGCUAAAACGCUGUGGAAAGUGUUUGAAUGUAUAUUACUGCUGUAAGGAGUGCCAGAGGCAGCACUGGCCCCAACAUAAGAAGCUGUGUAAGACACUUGGCUGGGCAGCCAUUGACAGGCGGAUAGAGUGGCUCAUCUACAAAGGUGUUCUCCCGUUCCCUACGGAGGCAUGGACGCGUCCCGCUGCAGAGAUCAACAGCUGGGAAGACUGGCUCUCCAUGCAGGGGGAUCUGACCGCUCGAGUGGACCCCAUCCUGUCUGGAAAGAACAUGACCGAGCUUUGGGACAAUGCUGGCCGUUCACGUCCAGGGGAGGUCGAUCUGAGAGAGUCGAUGUGGCGUGUGUGCAGCGAGUUCUUCUCACGGCCCCUGACCAUCGGCUUUGCCAUUAAACACUUCAAGCUGGACCCUUACUCCCGCCCGCUCACCAUUCAUUUGGUGGGGGCUGCCCACAGCGAGACCCUGGGGGCCCGAGUUACUGACAUGGAUGAGCUGAGCCACAUGUUUCCUGGACAUCAGGGCCUGGAGGUGGUGAUGGUGGGGCCGGAGGUGGUGGAAGGGAAGGCCAUUCGCCCCCCACUGAGAGCCUUUGGGCCCAGAGGGAAAUCCUAUAUCAGCGGAUACAAGGGCCUCUACCACCAGUUCUGGGAAGAUGUGGUGGAGAAAGGGGAGGCAGCAAAACCAGACCUGGUGGUGGGAUUUCACCCAGGUUUGGAUGCUAGUCAGGAGAACAUGGAUGAGGUGGACAAAGUGUACCAGGGCUGGUUGCCAACUCUGCUGCUCCUGCGAGAUUACAACAUUCCCACACUUUUCACCACCACAGAUGAACCUGAGCUGGAGUACACCCUUCAGGUCCUGCUGGAGUUGGAGAUGCACAUCAAGGCCACUGGGGUGAAUCCCUUUAAAUCCCUGAAGCCAGAGCAGGUGCAGGCCUGCCCCAACAAGCCUCCAGGCUACUGCAGCGGCCACUACAUCUGCUUCCAGGGGCUGCUGGAGAGAGAGGAGGAAGAGGCUGAGGAGGACUAGGCCUCAGACCACACUGCUGGAGCAAAGCUACUGUACUGCAAUGGACAUUGUGUCAUGUGUGUGUGUGAAGGUGGACAAACAUUGACUGUUUCCUUUUUACGUUGUGUGUGUGGCUUACACACAGUGGAGCACAAGGGCUUCUGGUACCAGGUUAGUGACAAUAGAUUAUUUGCAUUGGCAAACAGAUAGAAUGUUCUCUGAAUUGCCAACGUAGCUUCUACCUGUAUUUGAAUACUUAUUGAACUUAUUGAACAUGUUCUGUUAGGAAAAUUAUAGAAUUUUUCUUUGUUCACUGGAUACGAAUGCAUUUUGUGCUCUUUUUAUACGAUGCAGGGCAUUGCCAUUCAACUCACAUUUUUGCUAAUUUGCUGGCUACAAUAUUUUGUAUUUGUAUGUUAGGCAGAACACUCACUGUAUGCUGUAUAGGAAACAAAAAACUACAUUAAACACUACUGGAAAACUAA